GACAGACAUUUUAGUUCUGUGCAUUUAGUUUUGGACGAGACUGGAGUGAGCGAAUGACGCUCGCUCGACCUGUGCGAAAUCGGGAUUUUAAAGUAUUAAAAACCACAUUUGGACAGCAUUUGCGUGUCCGGACUUGCAGUAAACAGUGUAAUAAUGUAUUUAAAGAGAAAAAGACACGAUUAUCGGAGUGUAAUUUUAUAGCGUAGGUGUUAUAAAGUGGAGUCGGACGGAAUCUGUUUGCGCUACUAAAUUAAGAUGCACAGCUGCGAGACGUUGCCAGCGGCGCCGGCGACGGGUCCAAACCUCCUCCUGGAGCUUGGGCGGCUCAUCAUCAGAGCGCGGAGCACGAGUCCCGUGUGCCGCGCGCCGGCCGCCACCCGCGACCGCCUGUUGCAGGCGAAGCUCCUCGCCGCCAAACCUUCCACCAGCCAACAAGUGCAGAGCCAGCCGAAGCCGGAAUGCGACGAGGCGCGGCCCGCAGUGGAGGCCGCGCUCAAUGAUCACGUGCAGGCUCUAUGGAACGAUCAAAUACCCAUAUGCAUCGAGGUGCUGCUGGCGCCCGAUUGUGCUGACUGCUACUCGGCGCUGAGCCGCGCGGACGCCAACUUCGACAAGCACACGCAACGCGCCCUGCUUCUAGAACGGUGGACGAUCAGCGCGCUGCUGCACAAAAACCACGAGAUACCUGGGUUCAUAACGUCGCAAUGGCUGCUGAACGCGAUCAGGUCGCAGCUGCACUUCUCACAGUUGUCUGCGUGGCUCGCCACACUCAAGUCGAAAGGCGACGAGGCCUCCUCACCCACCGAGCGCAGACGCAAACUCAGCCGUGAGACAUGCAACAUCAAAAAACUAGAGUCCAACUGCGACGAACCAACCGAACAGGACCGCAAACUGCAUAUCGUCUACUCCAUAAAGAUACCGGGCGAGAACCACAUGUCAGAGUUUACUAGGCCACCGACAGACCACAAUUUUCCCAUCACAGACAUAGGCGAGAGCAUGUACCUCAAAGUGGUUCUACAAAGUCUCCCGCGCGUCGACGAAAUACCCGUGGUCAAGUGCAAUUGUAGGAGAAACGGCAAAGACCCAACUAAUAUCCAGGAGGAAUUGGUUGGGAUACUAAAUGAUCUCACUUUAGGACCUAGGUCAACUAAAUUCGCGUCCGACUUCAACGAACCAGAUAAAGGGAAGAAGAUUCUAGACGACAGGAUGCACACACCGUGCAGCGAGAACGGCAAACACAAAUGCAACUGUGACGAUGAGUCGGACAGCAAUCACAGAUCUUCCACUAGGUUAAGUCAGGAGCCGAAGAAGUUAGACGAGCGACGGCUGAAAGAGAUAGCGAAAUACAAAAGGCGGUUGCGAAAAGAGAACAAAAUGAAAAAGCUGUGCGACAGUACGUCAUCAGAAGGGGACAAUUUGAAGCCCAAAGAAACGCACACGUCCAUACCUAUACUGCAAGCGGCCAGAUUUGACAGGUUUAGAGCAAUCGGCUGCUACAGAAACCAGACGUAUUUGACAUUGCCCGCCAGUAGGAUAGAGUCCAAAUCACCCUUCGUCGAGACCGUGAGCAUUCCACCAGCAGAGUUUAAGAAGACCAACACUGUUUCCACGCAGACGGACGAUUUAACUUGCCAGUGUGGUUCGCCUUUGUUGAUGAAAUGCGACGGCUGCUCCGACAGAGGAAUGGUGAGAUCGGAAGCGAAUUACAAUUUAGCUCUUCUCGAUCAGUCAGAGGUGCUUUUGGACGCGAUAAACAAAUGCCAAGAGCAGAACGGCGCAAGAAGGAAAUGCGAGGAUGAUGACAAGGCGUUGAAAAAGCAUAAAUGUGAUAAUUCUAGUAGUAACAUAAUGUGUGAUAAAUAUAAUAAUAGUUUAGACGUAGAGAGUGAGUCUAUUAUAAAGAGACCCAAGUUGAGACGAUUUUAUCCCGUAGUGGAUCGGAUAGAGAAGAUUGUAGCCGAAAGGAGUUCGAAAGAAGCGGAGAAAGAUAUGGAGGAGUUACAUUUGAGGAAUGACGAUACGGUGUUCUCGUUGAAACCGGAGACGAAGAGACAGAAAACCUUCUCGAUAAGCGAAGAUUACGUUCUGUACGAGAAAUGUGAUUACGGCACGAUUGACAAGUGCGAUAUGGAAUCUCCCUCCGAGGAGAACGGGUUCCAGUUCCCGGACCCCAAGAAGGGGCAGGACACUGUGCCGUCCCCGACGGAAAUGGACAGGUUUAGGUGGCGGUUCGAUUCCGCUGCGUCAAUGGUGUUCCACACGAAGACUGGUUUACCACUGACGUCCAGUCCCGCCCCCUUGCGGAGGGGGAACAACUGCUUCGAUUUUGAUGAUUCAAUCAACGGAAUUUCUGGUAUAAAGAGUGCCCUGUUCCACCCGAUCUCCCCCCUGUCGCCUGCGCCGCCUACUUCUCCGUCCUCCCCACGUCCCAUUUCACCCCUCCCUGUCCCCACCUCUUCCUACAUCCCCGCUCCAAAACCUGUAUCCACACCCGCCCCCGUCCCCACACCUGUGUCCGUCCCCGCCCAAAUUACCGCUCCCGGCACACCGCCGCCCAAGACGAAGAAAGGACAAACUCCGAAGUUGAAGAUUGGGCCCAGCGGUGGACUACUGGGCAGCUUCGAGGAGUGCGCGCUGCAAGGGCGGCUGGAGCCGGUGGCGACGGUGGCCGGCUUCAGCGCCGAGCUGGGCGCGUCCGGGGCCUUCUGUCCCCCUCACCGCCGGCUGCCCGUCACCGUGUUCUUCUACGCGCCGGGCGGGACCAACGCGCCGUACAUGGGUCACAUAAACUUGGGCCCUUCCGGCUACCGGGUGGCGCGCUCGGGCACCAUCCAGGUGUCGCUGUUCAACCCGCACGGCACGCUGGUCAAGAUGUUCGUGGUGCUGUACGAGCUGACCAGCAUGCCGCCGCUGGCCAGGACCUUCCUGCGCCAGCGCACGCUCUACAUGCCGGCGGGCGCCGACCCGGCCGCCGUGCUGCACCCGCACAAUCUGCAUCGGUGGUUACGCUACCUCAUACACUUGCGAUUUAUGACAUCGAAAUCCGGGAAACUGUACCUUCACACGGAUAUACGUAUAUUAGUAUCUAGGAAGGCCGAUUUGGACACAGCCACCGCACAUUCCACUAUAUUCAGACCAAUUCCGACCAAUCAGAACAAAGGUGACGAGAAAUCGAGCAGUGACGCACUGAAAUCGACCAAUCAGAGCGCAGCAUUGAAUAAUUCGACCAAUAAGAACGGGACAGAUUUGAAACCGGCCAGUAGCGAUGCUAGAACGACCAAUCACACGCCGAACAGAGUUUUUGGCGGGUGUGGUGACUUUGAACGCAGCGAAAUGAAGGAAAUUGGUUAUGAGAACCAAAAUGGCGUAUCGUACGAGCUGAGGAGUUUCACGUACGCACCGGACAAUCCUAGAUAUUCUCCGCGGUAGACACGAGAUCAGUUUAUGUUAGUGCCUGCCCUAUAAUAUUAUUUGUGUUAAUAAAUAUAUGUACUAAUGAGAAAAUAUAUUUUUGGUUUUAUAUAAUA